UUUUACUGCCGUGAUGUUGCUGAGAUGUAUGAGAAUAUUCUUCAUAAACCCUUAGUUUUGCGCCCAGGAAUCAGUCUUACAGCCUGGUCUAUUCUGGAAGAACUUUUGGAGAAAGAUCGGCAAAGCAGACUUGGAGCAAGGGAAGAUUUUCUUGAAAUUCAGAAGCACCCAUUCUUUGAGUCUCUCAGCUGGACUGAUCUUCUCCAGAAGAAGAUUCCGCCACCAUUUAAUCCUAAUGUGGUUGGACCGGAUGAUAUUGGGAAUUUCGAUGCAGUGUUUACAGAAGAAAUGGUCCCAUACUCAGUUUGCGUUUCUUCCGAUUACAACAUCGUUAAUGCCAGUGUCCUAGAGGCAGAUGAUGCAUUUGUUGGAUUUUCUUAUGCACCACCUUCUGAAGAUAUGUUUUCCUAGGAAGUUAGAAGCCAACAGUGUUUUGUAAGUCUUAGGGUGAACUGAAAUGGUAGGGUUAUGGACACAUUCCAAAAUAGUGUAACUAGUGCCUCGUCUUGUAUGUAGGUUUGAAACCUAUGAACAAACUUUCUCUGCUGUAUAGGAGGAAUUUGGGCAUUUUGAAUGGCUUGCUUUGGGGUUUGAACUGUUUGUUCCUGCUGCAUAAAAUAUUUUUUAAAACCUUUAAAAAGCGUUCUCUACAUAUUUUUUAAGCAAAAACACUGACUGUUCUCAAUCCCUUCAAGUUUACAUUCAUACCUAUCUAAGAUUUGGCUGGCACAAACAGCAGCAAAUUUAGUAAAUUUAUAAAUGCUUUUGUACCUAUUUACAGUGACUUUGUGCUUGAAUUGUAACUAUGCAAAUCAUCUUUUGUAUAUCCUGGUUUAAAAAAGGUAAAUGUUUUCCCUGUUGUACAAGUUUGAAAUAUAUGUUAACUUACCUGUCAGCACUUAAAUGAGAGGUUAAUAUAAGUCCAGGAUUCUUAAAGGACUUCUACAGAAUGAAAA